AUGGCAGAAGGCGAACCUUCAUACAUUGACUAUGAGGCCUUUCUGGACCCGGACUUCUCUCCCGCCUCCUUUGCCAAUUCAUUGGUCGUAGCUACCAACAAUGCGACAGACACACCGCUAGAUCUGUCAACCCCAUUGUCACGGGUGCUCUUCGAUCUACAAGAGAUUGAUACUCAUAUUCACACGCUGACUACCAAGUCAGCCCUCCCCCUGCUGACGCACACGCGGGAUCAAACCACUGCGGCAGGCCACAUCCUCAAGGAGGCCGAGGAACAGGUCUCCUCCGUGACCCAGGGAUAUGAGCGGCUGGAGAAAGAGGUCUUACUGAAGUGGGAGGCCGCCGAUGAGGUGAGGAUAGCCACAGAGAAGUCGCUCGCUACCGUGCGGCUCUCAAGAGCGGUUGCGCGCUGUCUCACUCUCGGCAGGCAACUGGAGGGCCAGCUUGCUGAGGUGACCGGGCGCGGUGGGCUCGCCGAUGGCGCAGCCUCCCCAUCUCCGGGCAGAGACGAUUACCGCGCUCUGGAACGCGCUGCGUCUACGAUUGUGAGCCUCCGUCGGAUGUUCACGGCCACGGGUCCAGGGGAGGAAGGCCACGGAUUAGAAAGAGUCAAGGUCAUCCGGACACUACGGAGUGAACUGCUCAUCCCCGCCGAAAACAUGGUGAAGUCAAGAGCACAGCAGGCGAUCAAUCGGUUCACCAUGUCCACCCAGUCAAGCUACAAACAAGCUCGCGAUGCAAGAGCCCGACUCGGCUCCGCCACCACAGUCCUGUACCUCCUCUCGCCCAUCCCCAAGGAUCUAUCUUCGGCAUCGGACUUCCAACCCGAGCUCCUCCUCUCCACUUUGCAAGGCUACAUGCACACGGCCGUCAUGUCGUCUCUCAACGCCCUAUCCCGGUCCCUGUCCAUGCUGCCCACGCUCGACAAAACUCUCGCCGAGAUCUCGACCAAAUGUCAGGAUCUCUUUGCGCUGGAAUCCAUCCUCGCCGGCCUUCGACCGCCAUCGCAUCCACUCUUCCCCCCAACACCUACCCCCGAGCCCCAAUCACAAGGUGGUAAUAAGAAUAAUCUCCUGCAACCGCUGCUCAGUACCCUUGACGCAUCCUCCCUCCCAUCACAUUUCUGGCGCGCCCUCGCCUCGUCUCUCACCUCGCGCGUCCAGGAGAUUAUCAACCGUGGUGGCGUCUCGGCAAGGACCCUCCGAUCUAACCGGGACCGCCUCAAAAAGGACAUCAAAGAGUGUGUCCUCCGGGGAUCUCAACUCCCAGCAUCGACCGAUAAAGGACGGAUGGGAAUCGAUUCCGGAACGAAAGGAAAUUGGGAACGAGAAGCAGCGGUGAUGGUCAGUGCCGUGGCCAGUGUCCUAGACAGAUAA